AUGGAAGGAUCUUUUCGUAGUGCAGAUAAACGUAAUUCCUCAUGUGUAAGAAAAGUUGAUGCCAUGCAGAAUGAAAUGAAAGCAGUUGAGAAUAAUAUAAACAGUACGAGUAAUAUAAGUAGCUCAAGCAAUGCUAGUUUUAUGAAAAAUUUUAACAAUUAUGAUAUACCUGAACAAUUCAUAAAUUAUUCAUCAGAAUUCAAAGAUUCAUAUGCUGAGGAGCAUUUAAAUUCUUAUGAAUAUAAUUUGGGUAUGAAUAACAAUCAUAUGAACAAUGCAAAUAUGUAUAUGAAGAAUAAUGAUGGUUAUAAUAACUAUUAUAAAAUGAAUGAUAUGUUGGGAGGAAUAAUACUUCCUAAUAAUAAUCAAUUGAAUAAUAUGGAUAAUAUGAACAAUAUGGAUAAUAUGAACAAUAUGGAUGAUAUGAACAAUGUGGAUGAUAUGAACAAUAUGGAUAAUAUGAACAAUAUGGAUGAUAUGAACAAUGUGGAUGAUAUGAACAAUGUGGAUGAUAUGAACAAUAUGGAUGAUAUGAACAAUAUGGAUAAUAUGAACAAUAUGGAUAAUAUGAAUAACAUGGAUAAUAUGAAUAUUAUAGAUAAUAUAAAUAAUGUAGAUAAUAUAAAUAAUGUAGAUAAUAUAAAUAAUGUGGAUAAUAUAAAUAAUGUAGAUAAUAUAAAUAAUGUAGAUAAUAUAAAUAAUGUAGAUAAUAUAAAUAAUGUAGAUAAUAUAAAUAAUGUAGAUAAUAUAAAUAAUGUAGAUAAUAUAAAUAAUAUGAAUAACAUGUAUCAUAUGAAUAAUAUAAAUUAUAUGAAUCGUAUUAAUAAUAUGAGUUAUUUAAAUAAUACUAUUCCAUUAAACUGCAUAAAUGUUUUUAAUCAUAUAAAUGACAAUUUACGAAAUAAUCUUAUUUCUUAUAAUAAUAAUAAUAAUGAUGAUGAACAAAUGAAUUGUAAUAAAAAUGUAGAACAUAAUAAUAACAAUAUGGAUGGAACCAACAAUAGUAAUAUGAAUUACUCAAAUAAUGAAGGUUCCAAUAUUGCUCCGAAUAUCUAUUUAAAUAAGAAUUCGGGAUAUGAAAAUUGCUACGAAAUAAAUGAGAAUUCUGACAAGGUUACUAUAGGAAGUUACAAUAAUGAAGAUAAUAAAUUUAAUAUGAACAAAAUGCAUGUAAUAAAAAACGAAAUGGAUGGAAAUGCAAAUGACAAUAAAAUUGAAAAUGAAGAUGUGAAUAUACCAAUAUGUGGGUCAUCAAAGUCUCCCUUAAAUAUACAAAAUAAUAAUAUAGAAAUUAAUCACAUGCGUGAUAAUUUCCUAUCGAACGAUAUAAUGAACACUAUUCCAUAUAGCCCCCCUACCAAAAAAAUAAAGAUUGAAAAAAGGAUGAUGAUGAAAAAUAUUAUGCAUCCUAAUGUUAUAAAAAAUAUGGAUGAAAAUAAUAUGGAUAUGGAUAAAAUGAGUGCCAAUAAUAUUGAUAUGAAUAAAAUGAGUGUUAAUAAUAUUGAUAUGAAUAAAAUGUGUGCCACUAAUGUUGAUAUUAACAAAAUGAGUGUUAAUAAUAUUGAUAUUAACAAAAUGUGUGGCAAUAAUAUUGAUAUUAACAAAAUGUGUGGCAAUAAUAUUGAUAUGGAUCACAUGAACAGCAACAAUAAUGAUUUGAUUAAUAUGAACAAGUACAAUAUUCAUAUGAAUAUUAAUAAUAAGAUUCCAAAUAAAUUUGAUGCAAAUGAAAAUAUUAGGAUCGGUAAAACGGACCAUCCUAAAUAUUUAAAUGGUAAGGAUUAUGCCUAUACACGAAGCUGUUAUAAUGAAAAUAAUAUUGAGUAUAAUGAAAAUGAAAAUAAUGAUAUAAAAGGGAAUAAAAAUAUUAUUAGGAAAAAUAAUAUUAUGAAUUUUAAUACUAAUAAUAAUAAUAAUAAUAAUGAUAAUGAUAGUAGUAAUAAUAAUAAUAAUAGUAAUAAUAAUAAUAAUAGUAAUAAUAGUAAUAAUAAUAUUAAUAACAAUAAUAGUAAUAAUAGUAAUAACAAUAAUAAUAAUAAUAAUAAUAACAAUAAUAAUAAUAAUAAUAAUAAUAAUAAAAAUAAUAAUAACAAUAGUAAUAAUAAUAAUAAUAGUUAUAAUAAUAAUAAUAGUAAUAAUAAUAAUAAUGCUCAAAUAACUUAUGGUGAAAAUAUUUAUAGUACUAGUAAUUAUCAAAAUAAUAAUUUUUAUGAAAAAAAUAAUUUUGUUGAAAUAAAAAGAAUAAAUAUAAAUGAAAAUUUUUGUGAUGAAAAAAAUAAAGAAUUAAAAAAAAAUAUGGUUCCAAAAAAUCAAGAUACUUUAAAUGAAGUAACUAAUAAGAUUCUUAUAAAUAAAAAUGCAGAAUUAACUAACCAAAAAAAUUUAAAAAAAAAAAUGCGUGCAAAUAUUAAUGCAUGCCUAUCAGGUAGUAAUAAUAAUAUAAAUAAUAACAAUAUAAUUUUUUAUAAUGAAUUUAUAAAGGAUGAUAAUUAUUAUAAUAAUAUAUGUUUAAAUAAUGAAGAAUUAAAUAAUAAUAAUAAUAAUAAUAUCCUAUUUAAUGAUAAUAAAAAUUGCAAUUAUAAGAAUCUUCAUUUAAACAGUACAAUUAAUUUUAAUCGUAACAAUAAUAACAAUAAUAUUGAUAAUAAUAAUAAUAAUAUUAAUAUUAAUAAUAAUAUUAAUAUUAAUAAUAUUAAAAACAAUAAUGAUUAUUAUAUUAAAUAUAAUAAUUUAAAUGAAUUUAAAGAAGAAGAAGAAAAAGAAGAAAAAGAAAAAGAAAAAGAAAAAAAAAAAAUAGAAAAAAAAGAUAACGAAAAAGAAAAAGAAAAAUUACCAAAUGAACAAGAAGAAGAACAACAAAGGGAAAUAAUUAAAAAAGGAAAAACACAAAACAUAAACUCAAAUAAAAAAAUUACAAAGUGUAUUAAUUCAUCCAAUUCAUCAUCGUAUUUGAUGAAUUAUGAUAAUAACAAUAAUAAUUAUAUAAAAGAAAAUACAAAAAAUCUUGCUGAAUUUCAAAAUAUUAAUAAUAUAAAUAAUUUAACCUCUAAUAAUUGUCCCCAUGUUUUAAAUGUUUCAUCAUUAAACGUAAAAAAUAUGGAAAAUCAAAUGGCAAGAAAUAAUUCGAGUUUUAAUAAUAUAAACAAUAAUCAUCUUAAUAAUGAUAUGCAUAAUUUUAAUCAACAUUUACAUAAUUUGAAACAUAUUAAUAACCCAAUUAAUUUAAGUACUCAUGGUAGUCUUCAAAAAAAUAAUGUGCAAAUGAGAAUGAAUACAAAAAAAAUAGUACCAGAAGAAAAUAUAGAAAUGGAAUCUUUUAUGAAUAUAAAUAAGAAUUCCUCAAAUAUAAAUUUUAUUGAACAUAAUAUGAUGAAUAAUAAUAUAAAUGCAUAUUAUAAUAAUAAUAAUAAUAAUAUGAUAAAUAAUGGUACUAAUGAAACUCCUAAAAGAACUCAUAGAGCAUCAUUAAAUAUAAUGCAAAAUAUUAACAUACCUCAAAAAAAUAACUUUACAUUAAAUUCUAAUAAAAAUGAUGUUGUUAUGAAUAAUAUAAAUUCAUAUCAUGUACAACAUGUAAAUUAUGAAGAUAUGGAAAAUAAAAAUGCCUAUCCUAAAAAUUUCAUAAAUAAUUUAGAAAAUCACCAAAUGACUACUACUAUUGAUGGUAACAAAAAAAGAGUUAGCGAACAUAGUGGUGAUCUAAAUCGAAUGUUGAAUAAUAAUUUAAAUACUCCUCCUAAUAAUAUAAAUAAUACAAAUAAUAUAAAUAAUAUAAAUAAUAUAAAUAACAAUGUUAAUAUUGUUAAAGGUAAAACUGUACAAAUGAAUUCUCCUUUAAAAAAUAUGACGAAUUCGCUCCAUGCUAAUAAUUAUAAUAUAAAUAAAAUGAUGGUGUAUCCACCACAAAAUAUUAUUACACAUGGUAAUACUACUACUAAUAUUACUACCACUAAUAAUAACAAUAAUAAUAAUAAUAAUAAUAGUGGAUAUAAUAACAAUGUUUAUCCUUAUGAUAAUAAGGUGGAUAACUCUAAUAACAAUCCUACAAAUAAUGAUUUCAUUAAUCAUUUAAAUAAUGACACACAAAAUAGAAAAAAAUAUUUGGCUAGCAGUCAUGCAGCAAACAUGCAAAAUUCUGGAAAUCACGUUUAUAUAAAUAAUAUUAGUAUUAAUAAUAAUGUAAACAACAUGAAAAAUAAUAAUAUGAAUAAUAAUAAUAAUAUGAUAAGCAAAAAUAGCUUGGCUAAUAUUAAUAAUAACAACAAUAUGAAUAAUAUGAACAAUAAGAUGAACCAUAUGAACAAUAUGAACAAUAUGAACAAUAAUAUGAACAAUUUGAACAAUAGCAUAAAUAAUAAUAAUAUGAAUAAUAUUAAUGUUGGUAAUAACGUUCUUGUUGGUUAUAAAAAUGUCUCAAAUAAUAAUAGAAACAUAAAUAAUGAUAAUAAUAACGUAAUAUUAAAUCCUAAUUAUGAUAUGAUCAGCAGAAAUGAAAACACACAAAAUAAUAAUUUAAAUAUGGCAAACGUACAAAACGUUUACAGUAAUAAUAAUACUGGAGGUUUUCUUGUAAAUAAAGAUUAUGUUGUAAAUAAAAAUAUGAUAAAUGAAAACAAAGUAUCUAAUUUAGAAACAACUCAUCCAUAUAACCAUAUAGAUAAUAAAAUGAUGACUGACUUCAACAAUAAUAAUAAUAACAGUAAUAUUAAUAAUAAUAAAAGUGGUGCAAAUAUAAAUUAUAAUAACAUGUACAAUCAAAAUAUACACAACCGAAUGAAUAAUACUAAUACAAUUGUACAAAAUAAUGUUCGCUCAAGCAUUUUAUUAAAUAAUAAGAAUAAUAGUAAUAGUAGUAAUAAUAAUAAUUUACCAUAUGAUAAAGAAAAUGUAACUAAUAUAAAAUAUGAUUUAUUAAAUAAUAAGAAUGUUCAUAACAAUAUACCAUUUAUUGGAACCAAAAUAAAUCUUAAUAAUUCAUUGGUUCAAUUAAAUAAUAAUAUGAAUAAAAAUAUAUUAUCGGAAGAUAUAAAUAAAAAUGGAGAUAUCCUAAAUUCAUUUAAUGGAAAUGCAUUACCAAUUAAUUAUGAUCGAAAUGAAUAUGCAUCUUCAUAUUCUGAAAAAAAUACAAACAUAAAUGAAACAUAUAUGAAUUCUAUGAUAAACUCAAAAAACAAUAGUAUUCAUUUAAAUCAGAUGUUUACAAAAAAUACUAUAACAUCUAACAAAAAUAGUAGUAAUGAAAAACAAAUAAUGAAUAGAAAAAAAUUAACAAAAACACAAAAUAUAAAUAAUUUAAAAGCAACAGAUAUUAAUUCAAACAUUAAUUUUAUUAAUCAUAUAAAUAAUAAUAGUGAUGUAAAGAGAAUGAGUAAUUUCAAUAUCCAUCGAGAUGGUAUGUAUUUGAAAGAUGAACAAAACACAGUUACACAAGAUAUUAAAAAGGUAUGUACUAAUAUAUCAUCAAAUUAUGGUUCUUUAAAUUAUGUAAAUCGUGAUAUGAUGAAUCAAAGCAAAAAUAAUAAUACGAUUAACAAUAACGUGAACAAUAAUAAUACGAUUAACAAUAACGUGAACAAUACUAAUAUGAUUAACAAUAACGUGCACAAUACUAAUAUGAUUAACAAUAACGCGAACAAUACUAAUAUGAUUCAUCAUAACAUGAACAAUACUAAUAUGAUUCAUCAUAACAUGAACAAUACUAAUAUGAUUAACCAUAACAUGAACAAUACUAAUAUGAUUAACCAUAACGUGAACAAUACUAAUAUGAUUAACCAUAACGUGAACAAUACUAAUAUGAUUAACCAUAACGUGAACAAUAAUAAUAAUAUGGCAGGAAACAAUUUUGUUGUUGGACUUUUAAGAAAUGAAAAUCAUUCAAAAGAUCAUGAAAUACCAAAUAAUUUAGGUAAUAUGAAUAAUUAUAGUGAAUAUGUUAAAAAUAAUUAUUCUGUCGUAAACGAUCCCAAAGUUCUUAAUGCAAAUAAUAAGGAAAACACGAAUAGUCCAUAUAAUAAUACUUCUCAUGAUCGUGUUAAUAAUAAUAAUAAUAAUAAUAAAUAUAAUAAUAAUUAUAACAAAACUAUAGAUCAUGCUUCUUCAAAUAAUAAUAUAGCAUCUUCCUCAUGUGUAAAUUUAAAAAAUUUAAUUAAUAUAAAUAAAAAUUUCAAUGUAUUAAUGAAUAAUAUAAACGUAGAUCAAUCAUCUUUAAAUAUGAAUGCUCAAAGUAAUAACAUGUAUGAUUCUUAUGGUAAAGAAAAUAUUGGUAUUAUAAAUAAUAUGGAGAACCAAGAACAAUUAGAAAAUAACAGUAAUAAUAUGAUGUAUGCAUCAAAUAGAAGUUUAAUAAAUCCAUAUAUGAAUAUUAUGAACAUGAAAGGAAAUGUCAACAUGAACAAUAAUAUGAACAAUAAUAUGAACAAUAGCAUGAACACUAAUAUGAACAAUAAUAUGAACAAUAGCAUGAACAAUAGCAUGAACAAUAAUAUGAACAAUAAUAUGAACAAUAAUAUGAACAAUAGUAUGAACAAUAAUAUGGUAUUAAAUAGAAAUUCCUUAUCUUUAAAUAAUAUGAAUUUAAUGAAUGAUUUAAAUUUGAAUGGAAAUUCAUAUGUUGAUUAUAAAUUUAAUGGGAAUAUACCAAAUGAAGAAUUAUACAAUUUACAUAUGAUUCAAAAUAAUGAUAUAAAAAAUAAUUUAAAAAAAGUGGUACCAAAGAGAAGAAAACAAGAAAAUAAAUCAAAUGAAUCUCCUAAUACUGUAAAUGUUUUAGGUGGUACAAAACGACCAAGAAAAAAGAAAAAAGAUAAUGUAUCUUCAGAAUCAUCAAAUAAUGAAUUAUUAUUAAAAAAUAAAAAGAUGAGUAAAAGCACAAAGGGAAGAAAACCAAAAGAUAAAAAUUUAUCACAACCUAAUGUUCAUGAAGAACUAAAUAAUUCUUAUAUUUCUAAUGAUAAUUCUUCAAACGUUUUAAAUAAAAAUAUCAUGGAUAAUAUGGGAAAUGAUAUAAAAAAUGAUGUAAAAAAUGAUGUAAAAAAUGAUAUAAAAAAUGAUAUAAAAAAUGAUAUAAAAAAUGAUAAUCAAUAUGUUAAUAAUAUGACCCUGAACAAUGCUACCUCUGCUUCUAGCGUGAGUGCUAAUAAUAAUAUAUCUCAAAUGAAUAAUUUAUAUUCUGAUGAAUCAAAAGCUUAUAAUACGUAUAACAUGAAUCAGAAAUAUAUAAAUGAUAAUAUUCAAAUGAAUAAUAACAUUAUCCCUGUAAAUAAUAAUAACAAUAAUAUUAACACUACUACGAAUAAUAAUAAUAAUAAUAAUAAUAAUAUGCAUGAUAAUCAAAUGAACGAAAAAAUCAUCACGAAUAAAAGUAAAACUAUGAGUACCACAAAAAAUGUGUUGUAUGAACAAAAAUAUGAAAGGAAUCAUUCAGAAAACAUGUCCAUUUAUAUGAAAAAUGUUAUGCAUGCUAAUGAUAAAUUAAGUAAUAGUAAUGUAUCAAUGAAAAAAGAUACGUCAUCAUUAUAUCCAAAUAAACUAGAGAUACAAGCACAAAUGAAUAACAUACAUAAAGAUAACCAAUUAUUACAAAAUAGGUAUAAUGUAAACAAUAAUGAAGGAAAUAAUAAUGUGAUUAAUAAAAGUCAGGGUACGCACGGAAAUGAUUCAACAAUGAAUAAUGCAAAUAUAUACACGUAUGUUGACGAAAUAUUUGGUGAUCCAAAUAAUAUAAACAAGGUUAAUUCACACAAUGAAAAUGUGAAUAAAAGUGUGGAUCAAAAUAUAAAUACAAAUAUUAAUACACAACCUAAUACAGACUUGAAUACAGACAUGAAUACAGACAUGAAUACAGAUGUGAAUACAGACGUGAACACACAUUUAAAUACACACAUAAAUACCGAUAUAAAUACCGACAUAAAUACAGAUAUAAAUACAGACAUAAAUACUGACAUAAAUACAGACAUUAACACACAUAUAAAUACAGAAAUAAAUACAGACAUAAAUACAUACAUUAAUACAGACAUUAAUACAGACAUUAAUACAGACAUUAAUACAGACAUUAAUACAGACAUUAAUAGACAUAUUAGUGCUGAUAUAAAGUAUGAAAAUAAUAAUAUUCCUGACAGUUCACGAAAUGUUCAAGGAACUAUUUGCGAAGAUGAACAAAAAAAAAUCCAUAAGCUUGAAAAUGUUCCAAAAGUAGAGAAUGAUAAUGUGCAAUUAAAUAAAGACCAUCUUAACAAUAAUAAAAAUUUGAAUGAAAUGAAUAGGGGAGAAGAAUAUGCUCACAAUGUAACUUUGUCGACAGAUAACCAAAGUAAUGAAUACAAAAAUAAUAUAGAGAAUAAUGCUGAUGUGGUUGAACAAAAUAUGGAUGAUAAUAAUAAUAAUAUGGAUAUGAAUGAUUCUCAUUUAAAUGAUAUGAACAAAGUAAUUAAUAUUACUAAUAAUAGUGUCAUAAAUAAAUCUUUUGUGGAAAUAAUGGAGAAUGAAUAUCCUGAUGAUGCUUUUGAAAAUGUGAAUGAUAAUAAUAGAGAUGAAAAGGUUAUUUCAUGUAAUGAAAAUUUUGUACAUAAAGAAAAUAAUAUCAUAAUAUUAUCAAAGAAUACAGAAGAUAGUAAUGCAAAUAUGUACCAGAUUAAAAAUCGAGCAUUUGAUAUAUAUUUAAAUGAAAGCACAAAAAAUAGAAUAGAAACAGAUAAGAAUAACAAUAAUGUUAAUGAUAAUGUUAAUGAUAAUGUUAAUGAUAAUGUUAAUGAUAAUGAUAAUGAUAAUGAUAUUAACCGUAUGAAUAGUAAUGAUGAUAAUAUGGAAAGUCAUAAAAUCUAUAAUAAUAAUGAGAAUGUUAAUAGUAACAAUAAUUUUGAUUCGUCUAAUGCGAAUAAUAAUCAACUAGAAGAAAAUUUAAGAAAUGGAAUUUCCACAACAGAUUGUGCAGAUUGUGCUGAUAGUUUAGUUACUUCAAAUUCUAAUAUAGGUGAAGAAUUUAAUGAAGGAAGUGCUGUAUUAAUCGGUUCAUUUAGUGAUCAUGUACAUAUACAUAUGGAUGAGAAUGAAAUAUUAAGAAACCAAAUGAAAGAUGAUAUUUUGGAUAAUUUAAUAAAUAUUAAUUUCAAAGAUGAAAUUAAAAGAAUAAUACAAAAUGCUGAAGCCACAUUUAAUAUAAAUGAACAAAGUGAACAAAUCAUUUUUAAUAUCUUUAAACAAGUAGAUAAUUCAAACUUUCUAGAAAUAUUAAAAGAAGUAAUGGUGAAGAAAAAUAACUUGUCAAACAUGGAUUAUUUUAAAAUCACCAAUUAUGAGAGAAAAAUAAUCAAUCAUAAAAAUUUUGUUCAUAAUAGUAAUAGAUCAAAAUUAGUUACACUUCAGUAUGAAGAAAACGAUCAAAAUAAUACCUCAAGAAAUAUGAACUGUAUUGUAAGAUCGGAAAAUUGCUUGUUAGGAAGUGAUAAAAAAAAAAUUAUCGAUAAAAUAAUUAAUUCAAAUUUUGAUAUCACUUUAACAAGCACAUCCUUAGCUAGUACAUCCAUUGUCAAUACAUUUAAAGAGGAUGAAUAUGAAUUAUUAGAUUCUUUUACUUGCGAAUAUUUUUGUUUUUCUGUUUGUGUUAAGAAUGAAUUUAACACCUAUUUGGAAUUUUACAAAAACAUAGUGCGCCCAGACAACAAUGAUGAUGAAUCUGGUAAAUUUUAUAUAAGAGCACAAUGCAAAGAUUAUGAUACCUUUUUUGAAAGUUUUGUAGACUUUCUAAUUUAA